AUGCAAGGAAAACUUAAAGUUGUGCGUCGGUGUGUCGCUCGGCUGGAAUCACUGAAGACGACUCAGUUUGAACUCCCGCGGAGACAGAGACAGGCUCUACCUGGUGAACAGAUGGAGGUGAGGCUUCACAGAAACCUGCUGCAGGCUGCGUGGCUGUGGGCUCUGCUGGCGGCUCACGUGCACAGCUGUCCAGAUGCCUGCAGUAAGUGUUCUGGCCCAGAAAACGACCAGUGUGAGGAGUGCAGAGCUGGGUGGACGCUCCACAACAAAUCCUGUGUAGAUAUUGAUGAGUGUGACACAGAACUGGCUCACUGUUUACCAAACGCUUACUGCUUGAACACAGAGGGAUCCUUCAAGUGCAGAGAUUGUGAUGCAGCCUGCGUGGGCUGCAUGGGUAGUGGACCAGCUCGCUGCAGGAAAUGUGCCACCGGGUACAGACUGAUGGGGCCCAAAUGUUUGGACAUCGAUGAAUGCAGCGAUCGCGUGCUUGCCUGUCACGGUCUCGAUGAGAUCUGCGUCAACACAGAAGGCUCCUUUCGAUGUGACUGUGCGGACGGAUUCAUCCGCAAGUCAGACGUCUGCGUGAGGAAGCAGCUGCCGAAUGCUCAGGAGAAGGGCCUUUUCGAGGACAUCCAGGAUGAGGAGGUGGAGGUUCUGCAGCAGAUGUUUUUCGGGGUGAUCCUCUGUGCUCUGGCCACUCUCGCAGCCAAAGGAGACAUGGUCUAUACGUCCAUAUUCAUGGGAGGCGUGGCAGCCAUGGCGGGUUACUGGCUGUCUGACCGAGGAGAUCGGCUGAUCAGCAGCUUCCUGAAGGGACGUUAAUUUUCCAAAAUGGACAUUCCGUAUCGAAGGUGUGCAAGUCCACGUCUCUGCUCAGCAAAGCUUUAAACAACUUCAUUUGUCUCAUUUUUUGUCAUAGUAAAGCAAUUUCAGGUGUUUCAGCUAUUUAUUAUGGAAAAUGUAACUAUUGUGACAACUUUAACCAUUUUACUGCUUGACUUGUUUUUCGUCAUUUAGUAGUAUCAGCUGGUUUGCCUGGUCUAGGUAUUUCGGCUAUUUAGCGCUUACACAAUGACUUCCUCCUGUUUUUUUUUCCUCAUGUUUUUUAUUGGCAGGCCAGAACGCAAUGCAUAUUUGAGAUAAGGAAUAACUGAGCCACUCCUUUUUUAAGAGUCACGUUUGUCAUCUCAAAGUCCAUUAUAAGAUAUAAAAGCAGCAUAAAUGUUGAUAAAAAUGUUUAUUUACUCUGAACUUUGAGGAAACUGCAGGAAGCCACCUAAAAGGGGAUAAAGAGCUGCAGGUUGCAGACCCUCGGUUAACACUACAAUAUCAGUAUCUGAGCUACUAGUGUGGUGAACUUGACAUGGUAAACAGGUUUAACUUCAGCACCCAGUCUGGAUCACGACGCCCAAGAACAAGAGCCAAGAAAAAACCAGGUCUGACUGGCAAUAGUGACUCAACAUCUGAGGCAUGAAUUAUAUUUCACAUUGCGCACAUUUAAUGCUGAUCGUGUACUGAAUCAGAAAUGCAUCAUGUAACAUGUUAAGCUGCGUGCAACUCAGAAUCAUUGUGGUUGUUUUCUCAUUUAGUUCGAGAACAAAAACUUUUCCAUGUUGUGUCACCGAAAUGUAAAUGAAGCCCAGAAAGAUGCUGAAAUAUCUUUAUUAGGCUGAGUGAUCUAUGAUGACGCUGCUGCAAAAUCCACGAGGUGCAGACACUGAGUGGUGAAAUUUAAAAUUUGAUUAUUGUAGUUUUUGACAGUAGUGACUGGAGAACGAAGCUAUAAAUUUUAAAUGUAUUCCUCAUUUAAAAUGUUUUGAAAUAAACCACUUUUUUCAAAGUUUGGCAAAAUAACACUCAAGCAAAAAGGCUUUAAUGAUUGUUUUUCUUUUAAAAAUUCUAGAUGUCACAGGCUUUAUGCAAAACAUGUAACUGAAAAUUGCAUUUAAGAACACAAAUAAAUUAUGGGUGCAAACAUAAAAAACUAAUUUUUGAAUAGUUCAACAACUAGUGUUUAUUUAUUUAUUCAUGGCUCAUUAGUGCAUUGUUUGUUUCCCUCCAGCUCUCCCAUCUCUGCACUCUAAAGAUGGUAAAAUCCUAAAAAUAGGAUCAUUUUGCAUUAAACACAUUAUAUAACAUUAUGGUCUGUUUAAUUGAGGCUAUUACCCCAUUUUGUCGUCAAAAAAACUCCACUGCUUGUGAGCACUGGACUAGGAAAAAAAGAAUUCAGUUAUUUAAAAAAAAACUGACUUUG